AUGCUGCCGUUUUCGUUUGGAACCAGGUUUAUCAACGGGUGCGACAGUCCCCACGGCUACCGGUUCCACCACUGGCAGCUUAUCGACAGCUUCGUCUAUUACGCCCACCACCUUGUUACGAUCCCCCCUCCAGGCUGGAUCUCGGCUGGCCACAUACAUGGCGUAAAAGUCUUGGGCACUUUCAGCGUGAGCUCACUGGAGGGAAUCCAGUUCAUCAACAAGAUCAGGGGCUCCAGACUGGAGAAGGAGGUUGUGUCUCGGCUGGCUAGCAUCGCCACCUUCUACAAUUUCGACGGAUGGCUCGUCAGCAUUGCCUGCAGGCUGGACAGGUCCUGCAUACCGUUCGUAAAGGACUUCCUCCGCCUGUUGACCGAAGAGAUGCACAGCGCCGUUCCGGGAUCCAUGGUCAUCUGGUACGACGCCGUCGCUCGAACCGGCAAGUGCGCCAGACAGAACGAGCUGAACUCCAAGAAUGCCCCGUUCUUCGAUAUGUGCGACGGUAUCUUCCUCCACUUCAAGUGGACCGAAGACAUGCUCGAGGACUCGGCGAGGUUCGCGGGCGACCGCAAGAACGACGUCUACGUCGGCAUCGAUGUGUUCGCUCGAAAGACGGAGUACGCCGGAGGCUUCGAGACGUGCAAGGCUGUCGCUCAAGCACGCAAGUACGGCCUCUCGGCUGGCAUCUUCGCUGCAGGUUGGGUGUACGAAACCCAGGACAGGAGCAACUUUAUUGACAACCAGUGUCGAUUCUGGAACUUUCUAGACACUCUGUGCAACGACUGGCGUGUGGUCACAUUGCCGCUCAAGACUGGUUUCUGUCAGGGAUUCGGCGAAAAGCUGUACAGGGAUGGCAAGGUAGCGUCAAGCAGACCGUGGUACAACCUGGCCAAGCAACAGCUGCAGCCUCGAGACCAAGGCACGGCACUGUGUGGAGGAUGCGGCUCAGCGACCGUGGACACGACCGUCGCGUACAACGGGGGCGGAUGCCUGCGUCUGCAGUUCGAGCCCAGGAAUGUCGACGUCAAACCUUACUUCAGGCUCUUCGGCUGCGACCUGCGUCUGGGUGCCCUUUGUGUUACGUACGCAAUGCAGCAGCACGGCGCCGACUACGUUGAGUGUGACUUCGCAAUUGUGCUGACAGUGCGCUGUGCGGAGGGCGAGAAAGAGAAGAUCCGACUCGGUCUCAACCUCGGCGUGCCGGACGAGCAACGGUACCCAGUGGUGCGAGACCACGCGUACAGCCUCGCACAUGACACGCCCGGAUCUGGCUGGGUCAUCAGGAGGUACACCAUACGGGACCUCGGCGGUGAUGCGAAGCUCCAAGAGAUCGGCGCCGCCCUGGAAUCCAGGGCUGCCACCUGUUGCCUACUGGGUGAAAUCGUGGUGGAGAGGCUGAGCGACGUCAAAGAGAACGUUGAAGAAGAUUGUGACGACGGCCCCGAUAUGGCGAGUGACGACGAAGAAUGGGAACCGAGCGCGAAAAUGAGACGCUUGUGA